AUGGCCGAAUCCUCCCAUCCCCCUCCCCCGCCAUCCGCCGACGACGACCACUGGGCGCCCUGGCUGCCCUCCGCAUACCCAGAUGCUGUUCCAGGCUUGGUAAACGCGGAGGCGCUCUCAUCUCUGUCUCCUUCUUACUCGCAGAAUGAUUGCGGCUCGCUGGACAUGCUUUCCUCCGAUAACUUCAGGACCUCGCAGCCGGAUCCAACUGACGACACGACGAUCAUCCCCCCGCCCGAUGACUAUGUCAAUGUCUCCCAGUGGCUCGCUGGCGCCUAUCGGCCUCCUGUCCCCUGCACCUACUGUCAGCAACACCGACUGCAGUGCCUUGUCAUUCGCACCACCCCGGCCAAUCCGAACCCCGUCACCGCCUGUUCCAGUUGCGUCGCGCUCUUCCGCGAAUGUAGCCUCGCCCGUGGCGAGAAGCGUCACCCUGCAGGCUUCGAGACCGUUUUUCCCGUGUUCAAUCAUCUACAUGGCGUAACCGAGUGGACCGAGGAGGAGCUGUUCCCCACUCCGCACGCAUUUCCAGUGUCGGCCUCAUCAAACGACCAGGCGCAAUCAGCGCAUGACCAGGAAAAAACAGAAGAAGACGUACAGCAGAAGCCGCGGUUCUCUCGAAAAGGAGCCAAGAUAUUGCGGGAUUGGCUGUAUCGCAAUCAACACGCUCCGUAUCCCACAGACGAACAGAAAGCUGCGUUUGCCCAGCAGACCGGCCUCACUGAGAAGCAGAUAUCUACUUGGUUCGCCAAUGCCCGACGGCGCCACCGAAUGGUCCACCGCACCUCCCGACCGAGUCAGAUCUUCCGGAGUGGCUCCCCAAUGCCCAUUGCCCGGUCGGCGGCCUUGACUCCAAUGGAACGCUGGCAGCGAUCCCCGCCGGACCAAGAGCCUGUAUCCGAGUCGGUUAUUCAGCAAGCUAUUGCCGCUGCCGACACUGAUGCUCCGUGGAAUCACCCCAGCACGUCUGGCAAUGCAAGUCCCAGCUCUCACCAUUUCGCGUCCUCCAUUUCGAGCAUCGACAGUGAAACGUCGCAGGCUUCGUCUGAGAGUUUCUCAUCCGCCUGGAGUCAUCAGUCCGAGAGCUAUGUGCCGUUCCCACUGUCAGAUGGGCGGCCGCGAUCCCAGUCCCGUCGCAGACGGCCCAGACGCCAGUCGGCAGCGGCGAGCCCAUACCAGUGUACCUUCUGUGUGGACGGUUUCAAGAAAAAGCAUGAUUGGGUCCGUCAUGAAAAGAGCGUACACCUGUCGUUGGAGUCGUGGAUAUGUAGCGUGGGAUCGGGCGUUCUGGAUCUGGCCGGCUUGGAGGUAUUACGAUGCGAUUUCUGCGAUUACUCUCCACUUACUGAAUCACAUUUCUCGACCCAUGAGUUCGAUGUGUGCGCGGAUCGUCCGCUAUCGGAACGUUCCUUCCGACGCAAAGACCACUUGAUCCAGCACUUUCGCAAAUUUCAUCACUGCACGACGGUCCCCGCCCUACGCAUUGAGGCCUGUCGCGUUGUCACGAACGAUGUGCAAAGCCGGUGUGGAUUUUGCCAAUUAGUCUUGCCGACGUGGGCAGCACGCGCAGAUCAUCUGGCGGAGCACUUCAAGAACGGACGGCGCAUGGCGGACUGGUCGGGGGACUGGGGGCUGGACCCCUUGUACCAGGCCAUGUUGCGAGAUGCCGUCUUGCCCGCGGAUCGGUUUGUCUACUCCGACGGGGGGUCCUGA